AUGGAGUUACGCGGUUUUCUUACUAAGGCGACGAUAUUCUCCGGCAAUAUACCAAAACACGAUGCCAAUAAAGAUACUAGUCGGAAACGCAAGAAUGAAGUACUCCGCAAUGACGAAAAAACAAGAAAAAAGCAGUCAGCUGAGGAUCAAAGAAGAAUUACAGAAGUCUUGUGUAAGCUGAAGUCGAGAGAGGGCAACUUGAUUAUGCCCGAAGAAUCUGUUAAAUUCAAAGGUAGUGAAAAACUGCCAGACGUGUUUUGCAAUUUGGAAACUCCUUACCAGUUCUUCACCUACUUUUUUGAUCAAGAUCUUAUCAAGCGUAUCGUGGAGCAGUCAAAUUUAUUCUCGGCACAAUUAGAUACAGGCAAUCCUGUAUCUCUACAAGAAACUGAUAUAAAAAGAUACAUUGGAAUAUGUGUUCUGAUGUCAGUUAUACAUAUGCCCAAUAUACGAAGCUAUUGGUCUUCUACCAUUGGUACAGAUAUUAUCAAAAAUACGAUGUCGCAAAAGCAAUUCGAGAAAAUAAAAAAACACCUGCAUUUCAACGAUAACUCUAGGGGACAUGAACUGCAUGAUCGACUUCACAAAAUUCGGCCACUGGUUGAUCACCUUCUUUAUCGUUACCUGUCUGUUCCUUAUGAAGCAUGCCUAUCAAUUGAUGAACAGAUGUGCCCAACAAAAACAAAAAGUUAUCUCAAGCAAUACAUGCCAGCAAAACCGCAUAAAUUGGGAUUCAAGGUUUAUGUGUUGGCCGGAGUUCAGGAUAUUGUUAUAAUUUUGAAAUUUACAGUGGACAAGAAAACACAAUAG